GCAAUACGUCUCAUUACCCUUUAUUUCAUUCUAAGCAAACCGGCCGGCCAACUCUACCAUGGACGUUAACGAGUUUAGAAAGCGCGGCAAGGAGGUCAUCGAUGCGAUUGCUGACUACUACGAGGCGGUCAACGAUAUCCCGCCCAUGUCGACAGUGUCUCCAGGAUAUCUGUACAAACUGCUGCCACACGAGGCCCCCGAAUCGCCCGAGUCCUUUGACGCGAUCCAGCGCGACCUCCAAACCAAGAUCAUGCCCGGCAUGACGCACUGGCAGUCUGGAAACUUUUUCUCGUGGUUCCCCAGCAAUUCGUCGUUCCCGGCAAUUCUGGGCGACAUGUACAGCUCGAUGUUUGACGUGGUCGGCUUCAACUGGCUAUGUUCCCCGGCAGCCACCGAGCUGGAGACCGUGGUGAUGGACUGGCUGGGCAAGCUGAUCGGGCUUGACAAGCGCUUUUUGUCGUUCAAGGAGGACGGCACCGAGGGCAAUGGCGGCGGUGUGAUCCAGGGCAGUGCUAGCGAGGCGCAUAUUGUCGCCAUGAUCGCCGCGCGCGAAAUGGCCCUGGAGCGUCUCAAGGCCCAGGACGGCGCCACCAGCGAGGACGUCGACAAGCAGCGACACAAGCUGGUCGCGUACUUUUCGGACCAGACGCACUCGUCGGGCCAGAAGGCUGCCAACGUCAUCGGCUGCAAGACCACGAGCGUACCCACGGGCGAGGACUUCCGGCUCACCAAGGAGGCGCUGGAGCGGGCCAUCGCCCAAGACAAGGAGCAGGGCCUGAUUCCGUUCUUCGUGUGCGGUACCUUUGGCACGACCAACACGACAGCCAUCGACGAUUUGCCUGGAAUUGCCGAUGUCGCCCAGCACGAGUCGCUGUGGCACCACAUUGAUGCUGCGUACGCCGGCUCGGCGCUGACGUGCCCCGAGUUCCGGCCGCUGGCUGCAGGCAGCGAGCGCGCUGACUCGUUCAACUUCAACCCGCACAAGUGGAUGCUGACCAACUUUGACUGCUCGGCGCUGUGGGUGGCCGAUUCGACCCACCUGGUCAAUGCCCUCAGCAUCCACCGUGAGUACUACCCCAAGGUCGAGGGCGACACCGCCUUUAUCAAGGACUACCGCAACUGGCAGCUGCCGCUGGGCCGCCGUUUCCGCUCGCUCAAGCUGUGGUUUGUCAUGCGCAUGUACGGUGCUGAAGGUAUCCGCAAGCACAUCCGUGACGACGUCGCACAGGCAAAGUGGCUCGCCGACCAGCUGGUGGCCGAUGGCCGCUUUGAGCUGAUUGUACCUGUUGUCUUUGGUCUGGCUGUGCUCCGGAUCAAGCCCGAGGCGCUGAACGACCCAGCCAUGGUCGACAAGGCCAACACUGAGCUGAUCAAGGCUAUCAAUGACGAUGGCCGUGUGUUUUUGGUUGGCACCAAGCUCAACGGGAACGAUGUCUUGCGCGUUGCCGUCGGAUCCACCUUCGGCACGCAGAAGAACAUCGACCUUUUGCUCAAGAUCCUGAAGGAGCAGGCAACCAAGGUUAUUGCUGGCCUCGAGUGA